AUGAGCUACAACAUGAGCUCUAUGAUUCGAAAGAGGUCGCAGAAAAAAAUGCAAGGCAGUCAUACAUGUUCUGUACACGAAUGUGCUGCGAGAUUGAAACCCAUCUUUAGGUUUCCACACCCAAAUCGGGGCCUUGAUCGGUUUCUCGCGUGGGUUAAAGCCGCGAAUAACCCAAAAUUCGUGGUUUUGACCCACGACCAAAUUCACCGAAGGGGGUACAUUUGUUUCCAGCAUUUUCAACCCGAGGAUUAUGUACCAGGAACACAAAGGCUGCGUCGAUCUGCAGUACCAACCAUUUUGCCUCCUCGAGAUGAUAACGAACUGCGUUCAUCACUCGAAGCAGAUCAGAUCGACGUGUCCAAUGUAGGGCCACAAACCAUUGAUCUCACUUUCCUCACUCCAGAAAAAGAAUGCCCGUACUUUCAUGCAAUAGCAAAUUUAACUCCACGUACGAGACGAACUCCAAGUUCUCAAAGUUUAGCUACUAAACUGGAGACUCUCGGGGGUAGAAGUGCAUGGAGUACUGGCGUUCCAGUGCGACAACUGAAUUUUGGAGCAGAAGAGGAUGGGAUCAAUGAGCUCCCUGGUGCUGGGCCUUCGGGGUUACAAAAUAUUCCAAAAAUAGAUUUUGCUGGAAACUUUGUACCUGCCAGGCAGUCGGUGGAUACUUCCAAGUCCAUGACCAAGACUCCACGAAAAAUAUUAGAUCGGCUGGGGAUCAAAGGGACCACCGUCAAUUUUAGCAGCAAUGAAACCCUGCUGUACGUGGAGGCGAAACGCCUGCAAAGGCAAGUGGGGAGACUGCAGAGGCAGGCACAAAAGCGCAAAAGCGCACUUCAUUCUGUUAAACAACUUCUGCGAGAUCGACAACUGGUUCAUCUCGUGGAAGGGUUGUCUCCCCUACAGCAGAGAUUUUUUAACAGCCAGAUUAGAAAUGUAAAUCGUAAACCGAAAGGCAGAAGUUUUACGUUUGAGGAGAAGGUAGAUGCCAUUGCCAUUUGGAAACAUGGCCCAAAAACGUAUAAACUUCUGUCAAGAAUGUUUACGCUGCCGUCUAUUGACACUCUGAGGGCAACCCUAAAUAAAGUUCCAAUAGAACCGGGUAUCAACAAACCCAUUUUCGAAGUUCUCAGAAAGCAAGUAUGUCGCAGAAUGGACAGUAAGUACAAUUUAUGUACUCUCAUCUUUGAUGAAAUGUCCAUUCAGCCUCACCUCGACUACUUGCCUUGUGAGGACAGAGUUGUGGGUUUUGAAGAUGACGGUACAACAAGGUCGGAAAAAAUUGCAGACCAUGUUUGCGUAUUUAUGCUAAGAGGAAUUUUCAAAAGCGUUAAUGGAGGAUUUGGAGACUGUGGUGGUAAGAAAUUACGUCAAAUGGUAGGAGAUGACACUCUUCAUCAUAGUUUUUGGCUGGAAGGGAAACGCAUGUUCAGCAAUAUGAGAUUUGAACCACGUAAAUCUGGAGAUCGAGCAAAACCUCCAGUUUUGCAAGGGUGGUAUCGUACUUUAAAUGGUUUUAUGCUUAUCAAGGAAACUCUAAAGAAACUUGGUUAUAACUCUUUCCCAGCAAGAGCUUUUAAUCAAGAUCCUUUAGAAAAUUUUUUUGGUCAAUUAAGACAAUAUGGAGUACGAUAUACAAAUCCGUCUUGCAAAGCAUUCGUACCAUUUUAUAAAUCACUAAUGAUGAAGAAUUUUUGCUCCUAUCAUUCUCGUGGAUCUAAUUGUGAGCAAGAUGACGAGUCAUUUGUGGUCUCAAUUAGAGAGUUUCUUAGUCUUGAUAUAAAUCGUAAGUGUAUCGAAGAUCAGUGGAAGCCGCCACCAGUUCCUGAUACUGUGUCUGAGGAUAAUUUUUAUGACCAAAAUGUUAUAGGUUAUAUUGGCGGAUUUCUAGUUAAACACAUGCCAAAACCACUUGACUGUGAAAUCUGUCGAUUUAACUUGAUACAUGAUGGCGUCCCAAACAUUCAAUAUCAUGGUCUGGUGGUGCAGAAGGAGUAUGAUGGUGAAAAAAGACGGUUGCAAUACGCGAAUGUCGAGAUGAUUAAAACUCUAAUUAAGAUUUAUAAUCAUCUCGUCAUUUUGGUUCCGUCUGCAAUUUAUCAUCCUUCUCUUUCUCAAAGGUUAAUAAGCCACCUGCGAAUUACAGUUGAUUUUGAUUUUCGGGAGUGCUUACAUACCGAAGAACUGAAAGCUCAACUUUUUCAUCUAUUUAUAAGAGUGUAUAUCUUUAGAUACAUGAAAAAACUCAGCAAUUUCGUAUUUGGUAAGGAAGAGCCUAACAAAUCAACUUCACUGGAAAGACAAAUGCAACAAUUAUAUUUACGUUUUAAAAAAAGAAAGAGAACGUUUGUAUAAUUUUGCAUUUCGCAGGCUAUACAUCAGCUUAGUUUUGUUCAUAUCGGAAGAAAGUAGUGUGCUGGGUUUAAUUGUGAUAUUUCUGACGGUAUGAAUGAAAAGUGCAAAGGCAGUUUGCAUUUCUACUGGUUGUUUGUAUUUUAAAAAUGUCUUGUCCAUAUUCUGUUUCUUUUCUUAUUUUAAUAUAUUGUAACUAAUGUAAGUUAUUAGAGAACACUUUAUUCACACUGUCAUUUUUAGCAAAUUGUUGUUAUAUUGCAGUAUUUUCAUUUA